AACUUCAUGAUCUUUGAUCACAUGACUGUUGUAAAGUUCAUGUAGGCGCAAGUCGUACAAUUUGUAUCCGCAUAAUGCAACACACUUUGAAAUGGUCACUGACUUAACAAGAGUGAUCCGCACGAACGCGUCCAGCGUUCCCCUUUUUGGAACUGCGAAAGCAAGCCGCCCUGUCGCCGCAGUGUAUUCUGGGAACCCACAGUAGAUUCAAGAUGGCGGCGAGCAGGAGACUGCACAAGGUAAAUCUCAUGAUCACACUAUUUUCAUAUCUAUCAACAUUGAAGCCGAAUGGGCUAUCUAAGGGCUUAGUCAUUAUGGAGUCCAACUCAGCCACGAUUUCGUCCUGAUGCGUAUUUGUUCCGUAACGUUGUGUGUUGAAAUAAUGUCCAGCUAAAAACGAGAAGUCACUCUGUUUCGUUAACUAGAUAGCUAGAUAGUUAGGUUAGCUAGCUAGCUCAAAAUAGGGGUGUAUUCAUUACAUCUUACAUCGGAAACCGUUUACCGUUUAAGAACCAAACGGAACGAAACUGGGAGGGACCUACCUGCAUUUGUCCAAUAUAAACUCGUUUUCGUUGCAAAACGUUUUUCGUUUGGAGUAAACAGUUUCAGUUGCAACAUGUUUUGUAACAGACCGUCAGACGGAACGUUUUGCAACAGAAUCAGCGUAAUUAAUAUACUCCUGGUUAUGGAAACACCGGCAAAUUAAGCCAGAUUGAGGAUCACAGCAGGGAAACCAGUAUGCCAUGUUGCUCGCUAAUCAUUAGAACUGACAUCAAUCUCCGGUACAGCAGGAAAAUAUUGACAUAGAUUAAAUUCUUAUCACAACCUUGCAAUGGCUGAACAAUUACCGUUAUUGAACUAGGCUAGUUAGAUAGCUAUUUACGACAACUGUCUGAGCGGUUUGUUUGAUGGCUAGCUAAAUUAGCUACUUUGCCUAGCUAGCUAGCUCCCCAUAUCGCCCGACUAGCGUUAACUAGCUAAACCAAGAAAGGGCGUUUCACUUAAUGUGACUCAGGUAGCACAAUCUCAUUGUCCCAAUGUUUAGAGGAUUAGCAAAUCACACAACGGUUUUAGUUAACGUUUCAAGUUCUCCCUGUUUAUCAAUGCGACCUAGCUAUAGUCAAGUUGUUAACUACUGUAGCUAGCUAUCUCGCUAGCCAGCUAACGUAGUAGUUAACGACUUUAUAAACUCAGUGCUUUCGUUUUAGAAAAGAAACCGCAGGUGGUUAGCUAGCCAUACCAUUAUCUAUCACCGCAAAUAUGGUUGUGGAAGUACAUUUAGUCAAGUGUCAUAUUUGAAAGUUAUAGUUUUUGUCACUAACAGUAACGUUAGAUAGCUAGCCAUAUAUCUAGGUCUAUAUGGCUAUACAACUAGAUUGCCAGUCAGCUAUAGCUCUUAUCAACACGACGGCAUUGUAGAAAACUGCACCAUGAGUUAAUUAUCUCAUGAGGUCAUCAUGAUGGUUUGCAGCAGUAAACAAAACCGAAACCCAAACGUUUUCUAGACCUAACUAAUAAUAAACACUCAGCAAACUUAAUUGUGUGGACCAAACAAAACAUUAAUUAGUAAGAUGUCUGUCCAGACAGAAAUCAAAGAAGCACAGGAUCGUCUUUCUGGCUUUUAGGUUUGUUUACAUCAUCAGGACAUGUCAAUGUCAUAUUUGAUGUCAUUGACUGACAUCGAUGCCUCACAAGCAGAUACCUCUCUGUUUAUGCGUAAUGACUUGAUUGACAUCUGACUUAUUGUAGCGAAUUCGGAGCCACAAUCCUUGGAAGUGCUCCUAACCCCUUCCUAAGAGUAGGAUCGUACAUUAUGCCUAUUUUCCAUUUCCUCAUUGGAGGGGCCGCUUAACAUGUCAUAAUGUUGUAUGUCUCUCUCUCUCUUUCAGGAACUUGAAGAGAUUCGCAAGUCUGGAAUGAAAAACUUCCGAAACAUUCAAGUGGAUGAAUCCAACAUAUUGACCUGGCAAGGUCUCAUUGUCCCUGUAAGUGGUUUUAUUCCCCGUCAUCAUCGAUUCAUGGCUUCACAAUUCUCUGAUGAAGGCUAUUAAGUUCACAGAAGCCUCUGUUGUGGUUAUAUAACUAUUAUAUGUAUGGAAUGUCAUUAGACAGUCAUACAGGUUGCUCCUUGGAUAUGGUCAUUGUCGCACUAACUAACCAUGUCUUAUUGUCUACACAUUACUCCUCUGUAGGACAACGCUCCCUAUGACAAGGGAGCUUUCAGGAUCGAAUUAAUCUUCCCCGCCGAGUACCCCUUCAAGCCCCCCAAGAUCACGUUCAAGACGAAGAUCUAUCACCCCAACAUCGACGAGAAGGGACAGGUGUGUCUGCCCGUCAUCAGCGCAGAGAACUGGAAGCCAGCCACCAAAACUGACCAAGGUGGGUGAGCCGCAGCCUCCCCAUAGUCACUCUCUGGUGACAUUACCUAGAACUUUUACACACAUUUAACAGUGUUGGAUUUUCCUGAAAGUUGAGUUGUGCAUACAUGUCAAGUCAGAACUUAAAAACCUCCUAUGAUUUGCCUAGAAUGUAAAUUAUGCUUGCAAUGCUUACAUGAUACCCUGACACUGGACAGUAGAACAUGAGCAAAUGACAGGAAAAUGAAACCUUGCGCUAGGCUAGUCAUUUUAGGUUGUCAAUGUAGCAAUUGAUUUUGUAGUAAUGAGUUUGUUUUCCCUGUCUAUUCUGCAGUAAUUCAGUCCCUGAUUGCGUUGGUGAACGACCCCCAGCCAGAGCACCCCCUGAGGGCGGACCUAGCAGAAGAAUACUCAAAGGACCGUAAAAAAUUCUUUAAGAACGCAGAGGAGUUUACAAAGAAACACGGAGAAAAGAGACCAAUGGACUGA